ACAUAAUCUUUCUCUCUUCCUGUGAUCCAAAACAGCAACUAGCACUGGUAGUGGUACCAUCCACCACCUCGCCACCCAUCCCAUCCUAUCCCACCGUUCUUCCAUGGCCAUGGCAACCCAGGCAGCACUCUUCACUCCAACCCUCUCCGCCCCAAAAUCCGGCAACCGUGCCCUUGUUCCAUGGAAACCAUCCUCCACAUCCUUAUCGUUCAUCAGUCCAAGGCCUCUCAACUUGUCCGUGGCACAGCGGACCAUCAGGGCUGCGGCCGCAGAUGAGAAGACUGAAGCUCCUCCAGCAGCGGAGGCUCCCGUGGGCUUCACCCCACCUGAAUUAGACCCCAACACCCCAUCUCCGAUCUUCGGCGGCAGCACUGGAGGACUGUUACGCAAGGCGCAAGUGGAAGAGUUCUAUGUGAUCACAUGGGAGUCCCCAAAAGAACAAAUAUUUGAGAUGCCCACCGGGGGUGCAGCCAUAAUGAGGCAGGGACCAAACUUGCUCAAAUUGGCCAGGAAGGAGCAGUGUCUGGCUCUUGGAACUAGACUGAGGUCUAAGUACAAGAUCAAGUACCAAUUCUACAGGGUAUUCCCUAAUGGAGAGGUCCAAUACCUCCACCCUAAGGAUGGGGUCUACCCAGAGAAGGUGAACGCAGGCCGUCAAGGAGUGGGACAGAACUUCCGAUCAAUUGGAAAGAACGUCAGCCCCAUCGAGGUCAAGUUCACUGGCAAGCAAGUUUAUGACUUGUGAGGUCAGAUGUAAUUUGUGAACGAGCAUGCCAUUAUUUACUUACUGUUCUUUGUUGUACUGGGUAUCUUCUUCUCCUUUUGAGAACCUAAAUCAAAACUUAAGCAAAGCAAGAACAAGUAUAUUGUGUGAUACUGUAACUUUGUUUAAUUCAGUUGCUUCAAUCAGUUGGUUAUUUACUUGGCCCUUAUUGUAA